CCAAUCCCCCCUCCUAAGCAUUGUGAUACCAUACAUCCUGAUCUGGCCUGAUCUUUGGGAAGUCGUAACAUAAUUUUGAUGGAGGGAUGGGUGGUAGGCAGGUGGGACUCCUUCCCAGUUGCUCACUCCGAGGUUUAGUUGGUGGGAUCUGCCAUCGGUGCCUUCAGCAUGUACUGGCCAUCCUAAGCUCCUUCUUUAGGUUCUUGGAGUGUGUCGAGGGCUUUCAUAUCUGCAUUCUAACGAGAUCGUUCAUGGUAAUCUUAAUCCGCAACGUCCACGUCGACUACAAUGUCGGUGACAGGCAACCCGUUCCUCGAAUCGGCGGGGAAUCCUCACCAAUGAUUUCGUCAACCUUAAGAUGGAAGACGCACACUAUGCGCCCUUAAGAUACACCCCUCCAGAAGUUCUGGCGCAGCCCGGGGUUCUUCCUUCGGGUGUACAUCGUCACAGGUAUUCCGCGCUUUCUAUGUACCG